CGUCGUCGUGUGAGUUUUGGGCACCGGCCAUGGCAACAGCGACGGCCAUGAGACCAAUGGCAAGGCCCGCCAGCGGGCCCUUGUACGUGGAUCGACGCAGGAUGGAAGCGCAUCCGGCAUCCUUGGCGGCGCCCGCAGCCCAAGCGGCCCAAGCAGCCCAAGCAGCUCAGGCAGCUCAGGCAGCCCAAGCAGCUCAGGCAGCUCAGGCAGCCCAAGCAGCUCAGGCAGCCCAAGCAGCCCAAGCAGCUCAGGCAGCGCAAGUGGCCCAAGCAGCCCAGACCCAGGCGGCGCAGUCGGAGGAAGCUGCCCUGCCAGAGCCUGAGGAGGCUGAGCAGUGCACCUACAAUGCGGAGCGGGUGAUCGGCAACGGCACCUUCGGCAUCGUGUACUCUGCGCAUAUCGUGGAAACCAAUGAGACCGUGGCCAUUAAGAAGGUCUUUGUGGACAGAAGGUACCGGAACCGGGAGCUGCAAGUCUGGCGGGAGAUGCACCACCCCAACAUCGUGACCCUGAAGCACGCCUUCUACACCUCCGGGGACUCCCCCGACGAGCUGUAUCUCAACAUGGUUAUGGAGUAUGUGCCGGAGACCGUGUACUGCGUCAUGAAGCGAUUCGGCUCGCCCCCCUCCGGUGUGUCGGGCAACUCUGGUGGCUGGUUUUGCCGCGUGGCAACGAGGUACUUGCUCUUUGAGGCGGCCCCCGAGGACGAGCUCUUGCGAAGGAUCAAAGAGGCCUUCGAGUCCCACUGGGGGAUGCUGGCGGAGGCGCAGGCCUACCUCCGGUUGCUCUUCUGGAGCCCCACGGUGCAUUUGGGGCUGCUGCGGGUGGGUACUCCAGUGGCCGAGAAGAUGCGCGCCAGCCUCACGCUGCUGCAGCUCAAGGGCGCUCCCGUGCGGGUCCACUUCCUCAGCGGCACCGUGGAGGCGGCGCGCCACAGAAGCGCCCAGCUGCUGCUGCAGUUGCAGCAGGAGGCGGAGCAGCGUGCCACGGGCAUGGACGCGCGCCGAGAGGUGCAGCAGGGCUUCCAGAUGGAACUGCAGCUGCUAGAGGAG